GUCGCAGCUUCGCCAUCGCUGAGCUCCCUCCCAACCCAAACGGUGACUCUGUGCCCCCCUCGUCUCCGUCUGCAGGAGAUGAAGGUGGCCCAACGCGUGGCCCAGAAAUACUCCUCGGUUCCCGACAUGUGGGCCAAGUGUUUGCUGGGCCACUGCUACGGGCUGUGGUUCAUCUACCUGCCCACCCACGUCCGCGCCGCUCCAUCCAAGGUGCGCGCGCUGCAGCUGGCCUACGAGGUGCUGCGCAAGAUGGAGAGCCACAAAGUGGUGCUGCCUGACGAGGUGUGCUACAGGAUCCUGAUGCAGCUGUGCGGGCAGUACGGUGAGCCGGUGCUGUCGGUUCGGGUGCUGCUGGAGAUGAAGCGCGCCGGCAUCGUGCCCAACACCAUCACCUAUGGCUACUACAACAAGGCCGUGCUGGAGAGCAAAUGGCCGGCGAGCACACAGGGAGGGAGGCUGCGAUGGGCGAAGCUGCGCAACGUGGUGCUGGGGGCCGCGCAGUUCAGGCAGCCGCUGAAGCAGAGACAGCAGGGGGCAG